AUGGCAGAGCACUCGACAUCAACACGCAUGGCGAAGCCAGCCAACCCUCUAGACUCCGACUGGACGGCCAUGUACGUGGUGUUGCUGCUGAUACCGAUCGUCUUCGUCGCCGUCGCAUGCUUUGCCAACUGGCAGGACCGGAAGGUCAAGGCAGCGACCGACAUCGAGGCCGUCAACGCGACGUACGAGCAGUAUUGGUUCAGCUGGCGCAAGACGGUGGCCGACGGCGAGAGAGGGCACCUACCCGAACGGCCGCCGGUGCUGCCGCCGGUACCACCGAUGGCCCUCGCGACGAUGGAGGAGGCGCAGAAGCUUGGCCGGCCAUCAUUCUCAGCGUACGCUCGGCCACAGAUGAGCCCUCGUGCGCCGGCCAUCACCGUGACGCCCACGGCUGCGACGCCAGCUUGGGGGAAGCACACACGCUCGAACGACUCUCGGGACAUGCACGAGACUGUUUAUCCUCAGCAGGCCCGAGGACACAGCCCGUGGUCAAAAGACGACGGCAAGGUUCCAUUUGACGAUGUUGCUUGGAGCUAG